AUGGCUCGCAAAUUAUUUUCUUCGUUAAUAAUAAACCCUAAUAAAAGCUGCAUAAGACCGAUAUUCCUGCAAAGCAAUACAAAUAAACUACAUACAGAGGUAUCAGUAAAAGAAGUUCAAAUUCCUGUGAAAUGGGGGCAUUUAGCAUGUAAACUAUGGGGUAAUGAACACGAACGACCCAUACUAGCCUUGCACGGCUGGCAAGACAACGCCGGUACCUGGGACCCUCUUGCGCCUUUACUAUACAGUAAUAGUAAACGUCCGAUACUGGCCAUUGAUUUCCCUGGACAUGGGCUUUCUUCGUGGAUUCCAGAAGGAAUGCAGUACUAUCCAUGGGAUUUACCACGUUUAAUACUACAAAUAAAAGAUUAUUUUAAAUGGGACAAAGUAUCACUUUUAAGUCACUCGAUGGGUUCUAUAGCUGGCAUGCGUUUUGCGUGUGUGUUCCCAGAUGACGUAGACUUUUAUGUAGCUGUAGAUAGCCUUAUCUUGGACGAUUACGACUUGAAGCAAAUUGUAGAAAAUUUACCAAGCCUAUUAAGAAAAAUACAAAAAACACAGGAACUAAAAGGUGAGCCCCCAGUCUAUACAAUGGAAGAAAUUAUCAAAAUAUGGCAUAUGGGCACAGCGAAGUCAGUAUCAAUGGAAAGUGUCCCUUAUCUAACGAAACGAGGAACGAAAGAAUCGACUACAGUACCUAAUAAAUAUUACUUUUCACGUGAUCCAAGACUAAAAUGCUCUAUAUUUAGUGUCGAGAAUAAAAAAUUUAUUGAGACUUUAAUAAGACGACUAAAGUGCCCAACACUGUACAUCAAAGGCACAGACUCUCCAUAUGGUGUGGACGAAUAUUCUGUUGAGAUGCGUGAAUUAGUUGCAAAGAAUAACCCCGAAUUUGAAAGCCAUUUUCUUCCUGGAACACAUCAUCUUCAUUUAAACAACCCUGAGUUAGUGUUGCCUCAUAUAUUAAAAUUUCUAAAAAAAUACAAGUUUAUA